AUUAGCACAAAUGUGUUUAUAAUAUCAUUCUAAUGAAAUCAUUAUACUGAUUAAAAAAUUGCAAUGGAAUUUGUUGGCAAGAAUCAUCCGAGUAUACGAGAAGCGUUCGAACGGUUUUUCGAAACGAAACAGAUAGCAGAGCAAUACACCGAGCAAUCUUUGACGUAUUUGCACGCCGCUUUCCUGGCGACGGAAAAUGGAGAAAUGGAUUGCUCUCAACUGUACAAUGCUUUUCAAGACAUCCUCGACAUAAAAAUGUCACAAGAGAAAUUCCAAGUUGUCUUCAAGAAAAUAGACGUGAAACUCAAUGGCAAGGUGACGUGGGACGAAUUCAUUUCCCAUUUACUGAUAGAAUUUCGAGACGCAGACACCGGUCUGGGAUCGCAGAUAUUGGAAGAACCGCUGACGGAUCUACCGAAAUUGUCGAGAACACAUCAUCGCACUCCUGUUUGCAGAAUCGCAUUCUGCCCGGAAGUUUUGCCGGAUAGAAGCACGAGUUUUCGUAGAGGAUGUUACUUGACUGUUAGCCGAGAUGGGAUGAUCAACUACUGGUCGCUGGAUCUCGAGUACGAGCGCACUGUGCAAUCGAAGAAUCCGUACUUAAAAGUCCAAUCCACUGUUAUAACCGACAUGAUCGUGUUGCCGGACGUUGAGAUGGUAUGCACGAGUUCGACCGAGUGCGACUUGAGAUUUUACGACACGGCGGCGAAGAAGUUCGAUCUUCGCACAUUGAUAUCCAGUUUGGCGAACGCGGUCGUUUGCAUGCACUAUUACUUCAGCGCGAAGGAAGACUCUUGCAUCGUUCUCGGCGACACGAGUGGAUCCGUCAUAAUCCUGAGCUUUAAUCCCGCGGACAGAGGACCCUUCAAGCAGAGCACCACUCGCGACAUGACGGUUCUUCGCUACAACGACGUUAAGGUAUAAGGAUCAUCCUUGGUUCCACGAAAAAGCCACACGCUAGCGACGGGCGGGCCGGACUGUAUAGUUCGCGUUUGGAAUCCAUUUGUUCCCCGAAAGGUGAACGCCGUGCUUCCGGGACACCGUUCGACCAUCUGCGCGCUCGUCGUGACGGACACCGGCAAGCGUAUUUACUCCCUGUCGAAGGACAGAUGCAUAAAAGUGUGGGAUGUGCCAGCCCAAAACUGCAUUCAGACAUACAACAGAUUACCGAGAGAGCUGAGCGAACACACCCCGAUGUCUAUAGUGUUCAACACGCUGACUCGCACAAUGGUGAUUGCUAGCAUGAUGAUCGCCGUCCUCGUUUGCGAGCACGUGAUCAACGAGGAAACCUCAGACGGCUACACGCACGCCAAAGGCGUCAGCUGCGUUCUCUACAAUCGCCUCUUUCAAGUGAUCAUUUCCACCGGAUUCGAUUCGUGCAUCAUACGUUGGGAUCCUUGGACCGGACGCCUCUUACGGCUGAUAUCGCACGCCCACAGCGUCGUGCGACACGGGCAGCACAGCGACGUCGAGAUUACGGCGGCUUGCUUCGACGAGUCCGAGCAAUUUCUAGCGACCGGCGCCAGAGACGGAUCGCUGAAAAUAUGGAACUUCAAUACCGGCGACUGCGCACGCCAAUUGACAGUUGAUCAUCAAUGCGAAAUAACGAGCGUCGCGUGGUGCGAGAAUCGAAUCUUGUGCUGCGGCUGGAAUAAGCGCGUUACAGAAUUAACGGCUUUCGAGACCAACACGGGCAAAAAGCAUUGGACGACUAUUCACACCGACGAUAUUCUCUGCUCGGCGGCGAAACUUCCUCAACUUUUAGCCACCGGAACGUACAAUGGAGAGCUGAUUCUCUGGAGGCUGGAAACGGGUCAAGUUUUUAGAAAGCACCAAGUGAUUGACGUCAGUAAGAGAAAACUGACUCCGUGCGCGCAUCAAGAAUCAGCAUUGAGCGUGAUUCGCGUGAUCGCGGUGCGCGCGAUGAUCUUCCUAGCCGCGCGAGAAGUGAAACCGGACGUCGGCACGCUGCUGGUCGCCCUCGAUUCCGGCUUGGUGCAAGUGUGGACGCAUCAUCCGCCGACAGGAUUUUUAGGAGCCUUCUCGGUUGUCCACACGCUGGGCGACUGCGCCACGUCCUUGGCUACUGAUCGCGAAAAUCGAUUUCUCGCAACAGGCCACAGCGUGGGAUACGUAAAGGUCUGGCUGCUUUCCAAUUACAUGCUACCGGACCCGCCGAAAGUGUCCAUGCCGCUACUCAGAUUGGAAUUUCCGUUUCUGUGGAAGGACAGAGUAAGCGGGAGGGCGAAGAGGGCGAUACGAGGUCAAGCACUGCCGCUCCUGCUGACGUCUGUGCGCGCUCAUACGCAGGGAGUCACUUCUCUCCAGAUCGUUUCCAGCGCGCGAAUAAUAGUCAGCGGCAGUGCGGAUCGCACGGUACGUUUGUGGAGUCUCGGAGGCCGUUACAUAUCCACGUUGGGCACGUUUAGAGAGUGGACUCCGAUCUUGCCCGCUGUGCCUGUAGACAAGUAUUUCGAGGAUUAUAAACUUCCAGCAGAUGUCAAGGAAUUCGCUAGCUGCACCACUUUGAAGGUACUUCACGGCGGUGUGAGACAAGUGCAACUGGAGAUUGAGAAAGAGGAAAUUGAUGUCCCGAAAGAAAUUCCCGAAGAGGAGCGACGUGUGCUGUACGGCAAGCAAUUUGACAGUUCGCUGCUUGAAAAUUAUUACAAAUCACAAUCGCCUAGUAAAACAUAUCAGGAAUAUUUAAGGCUGGAUAAUAGUUUGCCUUAUAUACCGAUCUAUCUGCAUUUACCAACACAUUCCUUGAUAUCUAUAAAGGCGCAAAAAACACUCUUACUACAGAAAAUGGAACUCGCUAAAAAGGUGUAUUUAGGAAAAGCAAUGAAGCCACUGCGCUUACAUGUAACGGAUCAAACUAAGUCCACGAAAUCAAGUUUACUGCGCCGUUAACUUUUUAUAAUCAAAUUAAAAAAUUUGUACAAAAUACAAUAUUUGCUAUUGGUAA